UUAAGAAGCAAUUAUAUAAUUAUUUUCAGAUGGAACCUUUAAAAUGCUCAAGUACGAGCUCUGUGGUGGAUUCAUCAUUCUUUACAAAACUAUCAGACCUCAAAUUGAAUGAUUUUAAACUUGAUUCUAGCCGUAGGGAAAUUGGUGCUUACAUGACCAAUCCAAAGAGUUUAACCAAAUUUAACAAUAUCCCAAUCGUUAACCUUGACUAUUUAAGUUUUGAUUCAAAUUCCAAUGAUGAACAAGAUCCAGAGGCGAAUUUAUGGCUAGAUGGGUGGUUGUAUAAUAAGAAUACAAUUGAAGAAUUCAAAAAUAUCGAUAAACAAUUAUUUUUAAAGCUGGCAGGAUUAGAAAUUUAUAAUACCUUGAAAGUUUUAAAGGAACAAGGUGAAAUGCCAAAUUUCCAAGAUUUAAAUACUUUCCAUCUUCUUACAUUUUGUGAUUUGAAGAAAUAUAAAUUUUACUAUUGGUUUGCCAUCCCGGUUUUAAACUCAUCUUGGACUAUUAUCCGGAGAGAUGUUGCAAGUAUUAAUACCCAGAAAGAUGGUUCUAUUGGCUUAGUUCCGGUCAAAGCAGAUGGGACCAAGUGUAAAUUGAAAGAAGCGGAAGAAUUCAUAUUCUAUGAUACUAGUACCAAUAAGUCUCCUUCAAUACAGUUAAGAAACUAUUUAUAUUAUUUAGCGAUGAAUGGGUUCAAAUCAGUUAAAGUCACUAUAAGUUUACCAGGAAUAGGUAACUCUUACUCACUUGAACUUCAAUUGGAUAGUCUGUUUGAUACAGACUCAAUCCCAAAGAUAACUGGGUGGGAAAGGACAUCUAAUGGUAAGUUGGGUCCAAAAUUAGCAGAUCUUGGAUCGUUGAUAAAUCCAAACCAACUUGCUGAACAAGCAGUUGAUUUGAAUCUUAAACUUAUGAAAUGGCGAAUUGCUCCACAAUUGGAUUUAGAUUUAAUUAAGAAUCAAAGGGUAUUAUUACUUGGUGCAGGUACAUUGGGUAGUUAUGUGGCAAGAGCAUUAAUGGGCUGGGGUGUUCGGAAAAUUACCUUUGUUGAUAAUGGAAGAAUAUCAUAUUCGAAUCCGGUGCGACAACCAUUGUUUCUGUUUAAAGAUUGCUUUAGUGAUAAUGGACUUGGUGAAUGGAAAGCUAGUCGAGCUGCGAAGUCAUUGAAAGAAAUCUUUCCUGGGGUGGAUUCAGCUGGAUAUAAUUUGGAAGUACCAAUGGUGGGACAUCCUAUUUCCAAAGAAGAUGAAGGUUCAAAAAGGGCAAGUUUUGAUAAAUUAUCACAACUUUUCGAUGAACAUGACAUUGUAUUCCUUUUAAUGGAUUCUAGAGAGUCUAGAUGGCUUCCCACAUUGAUGGGAUUGGCCAAGGAUAAACUCGUUUUAAAUGCAGCAUUAGGAUUUGACAGUUAUUUGGUGAUGAGACAUGGUAAUUUACAAAAUAGUAAAGAAGAAGAUGUUCAUGUUGGACAAAGACUUGGAUGUUAUUUUUGCAAUGAUGUUGUUGCCCCGGAUGAUAGUUUAACGGAUCGUACAUUAGAUCAGAUGUGUACUGUAACACGUCCAGGAGUGGCACUUAUGGCGUCUUCACUAGCUGUGGAACUUUUGAUGUCUACACUUCAACAUCCUGAUGGCAAAUAUGCUUCAUACUCUCCUACAAGUUCUACUACAGACACAGUCUUGGGGGAAGUUCCUCAUCAAAUUAGAGGGUUUUUACAUAACUUCCUGCAAACCAAGCUUGUAUCACCAAAUUUCAAUAGUUGUUCCGCUUGUUCGCUUUCUGUAUUGAAUCAUUACAAACAAGAUGGUUGGGAUUUCAUCAAACGUUGUCUUGAUGAUUCAUCAUAUCUUGAGGAAGUUUCAGGAUUAAAGAAAGUACAUGAGGCUGCUGAACUUGGAGCUGCUGAACUUUUAAAGGAUUUGGAAUUAAGUGACGAAGAUGAUGAAUGGUUAAGUUAAAUCUACAAGUGGGAUCCCUAGAAUCGGGAUAUAUAUAUAUAUAUAUAAGUAAGAAUAGGUAAUAGUGGUA